GACGGAGAAGCAUUUUCUACGUGCUCAGAACGGAGAGAGAAGUUGAUCGCAGCGAUGGCAAGAACCAAGCAGACCGCUCGUAAAUCCACCGGUGGCAAAGCCCCGAGGAAGCAGCUCGCUACUAAAGCCGCCCGGAAGAGCGCCCCAGCCACCGGCGGCGUCAAGAAGCCCCACCGUUACAGGCCCGGGACCGUGGCUCUCCGAGAGAUCCGCCGCUAUCAGAAGUCCACCGAGCUGCUGAUCCGCAAACUGCCUUUCCAGCGCCUGGUGCGAGAGAUCGCUCAGGAUUUCAAGACGGACCUGCGCUUCCAGAGUUCCGCUGUCAUGGCCCUGCAAGAGUCCAGCGAGGCUUAUCUGGUCGGUCUGUUCGAGGACACCAACCUGUGCGCCAUCCACGCCAAGAGAGUCACCAUCAUGCCCAAAGACAUCCAGCUGGCCCGCCGCAUCCGCGGAGAGCGCGCUUAAACCCACCGCUGACAAACACCCCAAAGGCUCUUUUAAGAGCCACACACACCGCACUGAACGAGACCGUUUCCACCAUAAUGAUGCUUCUAACAAAAAAUAUGUAGUUUCUUGUUACUAUAGAAAUCGUGUGUGUGUGUUAGUGGUGGAUAUUAUGAUUCUUUCUAGAGAUUCGUUCAUUUUCAGUUCGUUCACCAAAAUGAUUCGUUCAGAAUCGUUCACUGAUUCGUUCAGU